AUGAGGGUGGCAUUUGGGGAUGAGUGUCCGUUGUCCUCCCUGCCUCGGGGCUCCCAGGUCCACUGUUCAGGAGUGUGGAGCUGCAGAGAGAGGGUGUCCCUACUCAGCCUCACCCACAUCGUAGAGCAGAACGACGGAAAGGACAAGCUGCCUCUACUAUGGAGGUUCCUACAGAAGGUAAUCUGUCACGAAACCUGUGUUCUUCCUAUUGUAAGUGGUAACAUUUCAAAAAUAGUUUCUGAGUGAGUCUUACUCACAUGAUUUCCAUUAAUUUUGGCGUUUUCGCAGGAGGCAGAGUUCCGGCUGGUAAAGUUCCUUCCAGAUAUCCUGGCCCUGCAGAAGAGUCUGGUGAAAAGGUUCCAGAAGUCAUCAGACCUGAUGAAUGACUCCAUUAGAGAGUUCAUCCAGAAACAGUCAGGUAACGUCAACUGUCCAUCAGAAUGAUCCAUCCUUCGCACUAUGCAGCAUAGUUACCAUCAUAUUAUUCCCGAUUGCCAAUUUGAGACUAACUUAUGAAAAGCAGAAUUGAGUGAUAUAAUUUAUGGGAUUUCGUUGUUUGUCAAUCUAUUUUGUCUAACAGCACCGAUGAGAGUGUGCUAUGAGAAGCGAAUCCAGAUCUUCCUGAAUACAUGGAACCUGCUCAGAGUGUCUGUAGCCACCAGUGAGUUACCCUUCUUUGAGUACAAUCCCCUUUAAGACAGGACAAAGUUGGCCAUACAACCGGAACAUUGGCUCCCUAUUCUCUGUAUAGGGCCCCGGUUAAAAGUAGCGGACUAUGUAGGCAAUAGGGUACCAUUUUGGACAUAGCCAUUUUCUUUAUGUGUGUGUGUGUUUGGAUAUGCAGGUGAAAUAAAGAUCCCAGAAGAGUUCUGGAAGGAGGAUUUGGACCAGGACAGUGACCUCCAGUACCUCCUGCCACGGCGCCAGGGUCCAGGCCUGUGUUCCACCGCUCUGCUCAGCCACCUGGUGGCCCUGCACAACGAGCUGCUGCACGCUGCGGACCGCCACACUGGGGAGGACACCAGGUACAGCACUGCCAUGGAGCAACCGUAGAGAGGGAGAGGACCUCCUCAAAAUCAAAGUCUAAGUGGACAGUUUACUUUUUUUAAAAUGUGUUUUUACAAUGACCCCUCCCACAUCACCCACCCCCAUCCCAAACAAACCCCCACCCACCCUAAGUCUAAACACAAUAAUGAAAAUAUUUUUUUUUUAAGGUAGAAUGAAAAUGAGAUAUAUUUGGACCUAACACUUGGUUUGUUUACUGCUCAGCCAUCAGACAGGGAUAUAAAAAGGUAUCAAACACAGGAGGUUGGUGGCACCUUAAUUGGGGAGGACGAGCUCAUGGUAAUGGAUGGAGCGGAAUUAGUGAAAUGGUAUCAAAUACAUCAAAUACAUGGUUUCCAUGUGUUUGAUGCCAUUCCAUUCGCUCCGUUCCAGCCAUUAUUAUGAGCCGUCCUCCCCUCAGCAUUCUCCUCUGGUCUCAAGGUGCUUUCUGCUCCAACAGCUAUAAGGUUAGCCUGCCAGAGCUGACAGAUCUGCAUGUGAUCCGCUAUGAGCUGGAGAAGGACCUGCUGCCCCUGGUGCUGUCUAACUGCCAGUACAGCCUGGAGCGAGGCAAGGAGACCCUGUCUGAGUACGACCUUCCCAAGAUCCAGCAGCAGGUCCUAACCCGCUUCCUGCAGGGCAAACCCCUUAUCACACUAACUGUGAGUCCUGGCUUCCAAUUAAGGCCCCAGACCCUUUCCUCUUGUCCCCAGACCCUUUCCUCUUGUCCCCAGACCCUUUCCUCUUGUCCCCAGACCCUUUCCUCUUGUCCCCAGACCCUUUCCUCUUGUCCCCAGACCCUUUCUUCUUGUCUACCCUCUGGUGAUUACAGAUCUGAAACGACUGGAUAGAUGAAAGCAAUACAGCACUUACUGAAUCCAAUGUGUUGACUUAUAGGGAAUCCCGACUCUGGUCACCAGACACGAAAGAGAUUACGAAAGCAUUUUGAAAACAGUGAAAGGAAAGGUGUCUCAGGCAAGUUAUACUGUAGCAUUAUUAUGACAGGUUUUUGUUGACACACCAUUGUGACAUCAUGUGAAUACAUAUCACAUUUCAACGGCACAAUAUCAUUGUUGUUUUCCCAGGAGCAUCUGCCGUCCCUGACCCUCACAGCCCUGUCCAGGGAUCUGGAGUCGUACAGCGAGGUGUGUGAGGCCCUGAAGGCCGUGGAGCUGGCUCUGGGCUUCCUGUCCAUGACUGGGGGAGAUGCCCACAUGCCCCUGGUGCGUUACCUGGAGGACACGCUUAGGAUGGGCGAGCAGACCGACCCACACUUAAAGGUGACCAUGUUUAUUUGAUAUUGUGUGUCAGAUCGGUCAACAUUAGCUAAAAAGAAAUGCAGUACAGACUCGUAAGAUACAAACCUAAGAGUCAGACUGCCCGGUCAACCGAACAGGCAAAGUUAAGAAUUAACAACAUUCCGAUUUUUCGAUCAACCUCCAAUUCCCAAUGUGUUCAUAUCUCUAAGGUCCUACUGUACCGGCAUUCACAAGUGCUGCAUUGUUCCCAGUGUACCAGUAAUUGUGUCCAGUAUUCAGUACAUGUAGUCUAACGUGUAUCUUCUGUGCUGUCCCAAUACUUUAGGCUCUGGGCAGAUGCAGUCUGAAGCACUGCGCUGCUCUGUGGCAGCUCCUCUCUUCCCUGAAAUCAGAGAACAUGCUGAAGAGUCUGAAGAGGGUAAGGCAGAGGUUCAGACCGACCAACAGCUUAUCGCACCUGUUGGACCAGGUCUCUCUUGAAAAAUAGAUUUGAUCUCAAUGAGAAAAAACCUGUAUAAAUAAAGGUUACAUAAAUAUACAGUGGGGGAAAAAAGUAUUUAGUCAGCCACCAAUUGUGCAAGUUCUCCCACUUAAAAAGAUGAGAGAGGCCUGUAAUUUUCAUCAUAGGUACAUGUCAACUAUGACAGACAAAUUGAGAAAAAGAAAUCCAGAAAAUCACAUUGUAGGAUUUUUAAUGAAUUUAUUUGCAAAUUAUGGUGGAAAAUAAGUAUUUGGUCACCUACAAACAAGCAAGAUUUCUGGCUCUCACAGACCUGUAACUUCUUCUUUAAGAGGCUCCUCUGUCCUCCACUCGUUACCUGUAUUAAUUGCACCUGUUUGAACUUGUUAUCAGUAUAAAAGACACCUGUCCACAACCUCAAACAGUCACACUCCAAACUCCACUAUGGCCAAGACCAAAGAGCUGUCAAAGGACACCAGAAACAAAAUUGUAGACCUGCACCAGGCUGGGAAGACUGAAUCUGCAAUAGGUAAGCAGCUUGGUUUGAAGAAAUCAACUGUGGGAGCAAUUAUUAGGAAAUGGAAGACAUACAAGACCACUGAUAAUCUCCCUCGAUCUGGGGCUCCACGCAAGAUCUCACCCCGUGGGGUCAAAAUGAUCACAAGAACGGUGAGCAAAAAUCCCAGAACCACACGGGGGGACCUAGUGAAUGACCUACAGAGAGCUGGGACCAAAGUAACAAAGCCUACCAUCAGUAACACACUACGCCGCCAGGGACUCAAAUCCUGCAGUGCCAGACGUGUCCCCCUGCUUAAGCCAGUACAUGUCCAGGCGCGUCUGAAGUUUGCUAGAGUGCAUUUGGAUGAUCCAGAAGAGGAUUGGGAGAAUGUCAUAUGGUCAGAUGAAACCAAAAUAGAACUUUUUGGUAAAAACUCAACUCGUCGUGUUUGGAGGACAAAGAAUGCUGAGUUGCAUCCAAAGAACACCAUACCUACUGUGAAGCAUGGGGGUGGAAACAUCAUGCUUUGGGGCUGUUUUUCUGUAAAGGGACAAGGACGACUGAUCCGUGUAAAGGAAAGAAUGAAUGGGGCCAUGUAUCGUGAGAUUUUGAGUGAAAACCUCCUUCCAUCAGCAAGGGCUUUGAAGAUUAAACGUGGCUGGGUCUUUCAGCAUGACAAUGAACCCAAACACACCGCCCGGGCAACGAAGGAGUGGCUUCGUAAGAAGCGUUUCAAGGUCUUGGAGUGGCCUAGCCAGUCUCCAGAUCUCAACCCCAUAGAAAAUCUUUGGAGGGAGUUGAAAGUCCGUGUUGCCCAGCGACAGCCCCAAAACAUCACUGCUCUAGAGGAGAUCUGCAUGGAGGAAUGGGCCAAAAUACCAGCAACAGUGUGUGAAAACCUUGUGAAGACUUACAGAAAACAUUUGACCUGUGUCAUUGCCAACAAGGGGUAUAUAACAAAGUAUUGAGAAACUUUUGUUAUUGACCAAAUACUUAUUUUCCACCAUAAUUUGCUAAUAAAUUCAUUAAAAAUCCUACAAUGUGAUUUUCUGGAUUUUUUUUUCUCAUUUUGUCUGUCAUAGUUGACGUGUACCUAUGAUGAAAAUUACAGGCCUCUCUCAUCUUUUUAAGUGGGAGAACUUGCACAAUUGGUGGCUGACUAAAUACUUUUUUCCCCCACUGUAAAUAAAAUCACACAUACAGUAGUAAUACAUAACACAAUCAUCCUACAAAUGACUUGCCGGCUCUAUUAUUGCAACCAUGCUGAGAGAUGUUUCAGUGUUUUUUACCCUAAACAUAUUACUUUGGUCAAUUUUAAGUAGCGAUUUGCACAGAUGAGGAAGGGUAAAUCCAUAGCCAUCCUUCGGAUUGAUUCCCAGCCAUGCUGUGUGAUACCACUGUUGGUCUGGAAAGCUCUGAGUUUGCCUUUUUCUUUCGUCCCUCUUGAAGGACCCAUUCUCUGGGGUCUCAGCUGAGUACCAGAAGCACCUGGAGGAGGAGCAGAAGAAGCUGCUCCAGGGCUUCAUCUCCAAUGGGAACAUCAACACCUGGCUGCUGGAGAUGCACGAGUUCAUCCUGCUGAACCUGGGGAGACCUCGUGCCUCGGAUACCUACGGACCACACUGGAGGUGAGGACAGACAGCAGGCAUGGGCGGGAACAGGGGCUACUCCCGAGGUCUUCCAAUUCCAAACCAUCAUUGUAACUCUCAUUUUCAUGAAUGGGGACAUUUGCAUUUUAAGUGCAUGUGUGUUUAUGAUAUGUUUUGUAUGACAUGUAGCUGCCAAACACAUACAUUAGCCUUGAAUGUGAAGCCACAUUCACAAUGGAAGGGCAAUGUAAAAAGAAAAGUUGCAGAUCUAAUGUCGAAGAAAGGCAGAUGUGACUUCACAUAUUUUGCUGGUAUUUGGUCCCCUUGACUGAACAACAUUGUCACGUCUACUCCCGCCCCCCCAUCUCCGGUGCUCAAUGUCGCCAGUCUACUAACCACCGGUUCCGGCAACCCUCAUUACGCACACCUGCGCGCCAUCAUGAGGAUCACCUGGACUCCAUCACUACCCUGAUUACUUCCCCUUUAUCUAGCAUCACUCUUCAGGCAGUAUUGGUUCAGUUUUCAUGUCUCUUGUUUUUUUGUAAUGCUCCAUGUUAGUUAUUAUGAAACUCACCUGCUUCCUUACUCCCUGCGUUACACACACAGUUCUGAGGUCUGAGAUCACAACACGUAUUGUUUUCUUUCUCUUACUCUAGUGUCAAAGAGACAUUGGCUGGAUACAUGGACCGCAAAGAACUACAACUCCCUCCUGACGUGGAGGCUUCCUUCCCUGACGAGAUACUCCUCUCACAGAUUGUGGAGACCUGGAAAUUUACUGUGACUUCCAAACAGGAAUGGAUGAUGUAA